GGCGAGGUGGCCUUCCUGCUGGCCACCGAGCUGGCGGCGCGCGGGCUGGACAUCCUGGGCGUGGAGACGGUGGUCAACUAUGACGCACCCGCCCAGCUCUCAUCCUACCUACACAGGGUGGGGCGCACGGCGCGGGCGGGGGCGCAGGGCCGCGCCGUGACGUUCAUUGAGGACGACGACCGCCCGCUGCUCAAGGAGGUCAUCAAGCGCACCGGGGUGCAGAUGCAGCAGCGGCAGAUGCAGGCGGCGGCGGUGGCGGGGUGGCAGGCCAAGAUUGAGGGGCUGGAGCCGCAGGUGGAGUGGAUUGUGGCAGAGGAGCGGGAGGAGCGGGCGCUGCGAAAGGCGGAGAUGGAGGCGCAAAAGGCAUCCAACCUGCUGGAGCACCACGACGAGAUCAUGGCCCGCCCGCCGCGCACCUGGUUCCAAACCGAGAAGCAGAAGCGCGAGGCAGCGCAGCUGGCGAAGCAGGCGGCGGCAGACGGCAUUGGCGCCGGCAGCGGUGACGAGGAGGAGGGCGGCAGCGGCGCCAUGACGGGGCAGCAGAAGCGCAACAAGGCCAAGAACGAGCGGCGGCUGGAGCAGAAGCAGCAGCGGGCCAAGGAGGCCAAGGAGGCGGCCAAGAAGAAGUCGAACAAGCUGAUGGAGGAGACGGCGGCCGCCAGCCGCUCCAUCCGUGCCGUCAAGGCCAAGGAGCAGCAGCUGCGGCUGGAGGGGGUGACCGGCGGCAAGGCGGGCAAGAUGGCGGCUUCCCUGGUCACCGGCAUCAAGCGCAAGAAGAAGAAGAGGGGCGGCAAGGAGGGCGGCAGGCGGGAGCUGUUUGAAGGCGACGGCCUGCCGGGCAAGCCCGCGGCCAAGGGCGGCGCCAAGCCUCCCCGCAGCGGCAAGCUGGGCAAGUCUGAGCUCAACAAGGUGAAGCGCGGCGGCAAGGGCAAGCACGGCUUCAAGACCAAGGCCAAGCACAAGCGGCGGUAG